ACCAAGACAUAUCUCUCAGCUCUCGGCUCUCGAUCAGCUCUCAGCUCUUCAGUGCUAGCAUUCUCAGUUAAUAUGGCGAGGAAGGUGACAAUGGCGAUGAUUUUAACCUUGGCAGCUCUGGUGGCGCCUCUGCUCUCGGACGCUCUGGACAUCGGUCAGAUUAGGGCACUGGCAGCUCGACAUAACGUGUCAUGCAUUCUUGUGUUCGGAGAUUCCAGCGUUGAUCCUGGAAAUAACAACAUUCUUCAGACGACAAUGAAGAGCAACUUCCCUCCUUAUGGGAAGGACUUCUUCAAUGGCCGUCCGACCGGAAGGUUUAGUGAUGGAAGACUUGCCACGGACUUCAUUGCUGAGGCCAUUGGGUACACGAAAGUAAUCCCAGCCUUUCUUGACCCGAAAUUAAGGCCUUCAGAUCUGGUGCAUGGUGUUAGUUUUGCAUCAGCAGCUUCAGGCUACGAUGAUCUUACUGCCAAUAUUUCGAAUGUAUUACCCGUAUCCCAACAGCUGAAGUAUUUUUUGCAUUACAAAAUCCACCUGAGAAAGGUGGUGGGUGAGAAGAAGGCAAAAGAUAUAGUCAAGUAUGGUGUGUUUGUAAUGAGUAUGGGCACAAAUGAUUUUCUGCAGAAUUACUACCUGCAGUCAAUGCGCACCGACCAAUUCACCCUCACGGGCUACCAGAAUUACUUGGUCUCUUGCAUGUCCCAUGACAUUGAGGUAAUGCAUAGACUAGGAGCCACAAGAUUGGUUGUUGUCGGGGUCCCACCAUUUGGGUGCAUGCCACUUGUCAAGACAAUAAUGGGCACGACAACAUGUGUGGAAAGCUACAAUGCAGCUGCCUCCUCAUUCAAUUCCAAGAUGAACCAAAAGCUUGCAAUCCUCAAGAAAAAGUUGGGGAUGAAAAUUGCCUUCGUUGAUACUUACAGAAUUGUAGAACAUGCAGUAAACAACCCAACAAUAUAUGGUUUGAAGGAAACUUCGAAGGGAUGUUGCGGUACAGGAACCAUAGAGUAUGGUGAUUCAUGCAAGGGGUUAAGCACAUGCAGUGAUCCAUCAAAAUAUGCAUUCUGGGAUGCUGUUCAUCCCACUGAAAAAAUGAAUAAGAUCAUCGCCGAUGAGGCUGUCAAAUCGCUCGGUGUUGAACUCUUAAGCUAAUGUUCAUCCCACUGAAAAGAUGAAUAAGAUCAUCGCCGAUGAGGCUGUCAAAUCGCUCGGUGCUGAACUCUUAACCUAAUUAUAAGUAACAACAUUUUGUUGUUUUAAAUGUAAGAAUUUAAAACAAAAUA